UUAAAAUCACAAAUUAGCACCAUGUGGUACCUCCUAAUCGGUGUAUUUUGCGCCUCCUUAUCAGCAGGUUUUACUUUAGAGCUAGAAAGAGAUGUUCACCCCGACACUGGAUUAAGUGUGAUUGAGUUAAUCGAGAAAUAUGGUUAUCCAAUUGAACAACAUCAAAAUGUACAAACUGAAGACGGUUAUCUUUUGGAUGUACAUAGAAUUCCGCAUGGAAAGAACAACGCAAACGAAACUAACAAACCCGUUGUGUUCCUCAUGCACGGUGUUUUGAGUAGCAGUGCAGAUUGGGUUAAUUUAGGUCCAGAAAGAAGUAUUGCCUUCCUUUUAGCAGAUGCGGGGUACGAUGUUUGGAUGGGAAAUGCGCGGGGAAAUACUUGGUCGAGAAAACACGUCGAUUAUGACCCCGAUUGGCAAAAAAUGUCAUUUUGGUCUUUUAGUUGGAAUGAAAUCGGAACUUACGAUUUACCCGCAAUGAUCGAUUACAUCUUAGAAGUAACCGGUCAAGAAAAACUCUUCUACAUCGGCCACUCCCAAGGAACCACAUCCUUCUUCGUUAUGGCAUCUGAAAGACCAGAAUAUAACGAUAAAAUCAUUUUGAGUGUGCAAUUAGGCCCAGCAGCUUUCAUGGAUAACGCUUACAACCCAUACUUGAAGCUUUUAGCGCUUUAUGAACCCUACCUUGAAUGGUGGUCCUUUUAUCUUGGGAUGUACGAAUUCUCACCAAGUUCUGAACUUAACGGCUUAAUUGGAGAAAUUAUGUGCCGAGAAACCGCUUUAUGGGUUGAGAUGUGCGCAAAUGUGAUCUUUUUGAUUUCCGGAUAUGAUAGUGACCAACUCGAACGGGAUAUGUUAACUGUUUUUAUGACGAAUGCCCCAGCUGGAGCUGCAACGAGACAAUCACUACAUUACGCGCAAUUAAUUACAAGUGGAAAAUUUAGAAAAUACGAUUUUGGAAUGGUGCAAAAUUUAGUUCAAUAUGGAUCGAUUUUUCCUCCCGAUUAUGAUUUAUCGCAGAUAACAUCCCCCGUUGCUUUGUUUUAUGCUAAAAAUGAUUGGUUGGUUUCACCAAUUGAUGUUGGAGAGUUGAUUCCUCUUCUUCCCAAUUUGGUUUAUCAACACUUGAUUCCUUACGACAAAUUCUCCCAUUUGGAUUUCGUGUGGGCCAAAGAUGUUAAAACGUUGCUUUAUGAUGAUGUUUUGAAGCUAAUGGAGAGCUACUUGUGAAUGAAAUGAUAAGAAAAGGUGUACUUUGGUACUGAGUGCAUUGAAUAAAGUCGAUUUAAAAUUA